GUGUGUGUGUGUGUGUGUCGCGGCUCAGCGCUCAGGCUCAGCCAUGAUAUCUGCACUGUGUUGAAAACAUGGAGUCCAGUUUUCGUCAUUUCACAGUGUUUUGCACCGUUCUUCUUGUUCUCACGUGCCGUUUCGCGCGAGGAGAGGACACGUCUGGUGGUGACUGCCCCGCAGAUGGACGAACAUGGUUGCCGUUCGGCCUCAACUGCUAUCAUUUCAUCCAUGGAGAUGAGGACGUAGCCAAGAGCUACACUUUUGGAGAUGCAAAAGUCAAGUGUGGAAGAUAUGAUCUCUUGACGGUAAAAAGUGCUGAGGAGAAUGACUUCAUCGUUAACUACAGCCCUUUUGUGUGGAAAGGCAAAAUGAACGUUUGGCUGGGAAUGUACUACGACAGCGACGAAGAUGUCUUCAAGUGGCAUGACGAUAACAGCGUGUUGCGCUAUAAUAACUGGGAGAACGGCGGCUCGGAUGACACGGAUCUGCCUCUCAUGGACACGUGUGUCGCCCUUCACUCCAACACUGGGAAAUGGGAAAACAUCAGCUGCACGGAAGAGCCUGAGAAUGGGGUAGUGUGUCAGACCAAGGCAGUCUGGAUAAGCCCAUCCAAGAACAGUCCUCUUCUCUCGGCUCUGGUCAUCAUCAGUGUGGUCCUCAUACUGGUUGUCUCUGCUGUGAUUUGGUUCCUUCACCAAAGAAACAACCCGGAUUCAUCCAUCCUCAACCUGAUCGAGUACCACCCGCCCUUCAGAUCCCCGUCCAACGAUCAGACCUGCUUGGUAGAAGCUGAAGAAAUCGAGGAGAUGCCUUAGAGCUCAGUGGCUGUGAUGAUGAAGAUGAUGAUGAUGAUGUUCCCAGGUUAGAAUAAGCUGCAGCCGUUCUUGGAGAUCGUUUGAACUCGUCUCUUCACCGGUUUCUCAACUACGACAGAGCGAAACACAGGCAAACUCAAAUGAUCUCUCUUUCUCAUGGGUGGAUUGGAGGACUGGAUGGGGAAAUAUUGUAUGUAAGAGUUGCUGGGGUUUCAUUACACAGCAUCUCAUCUGGUUAUUGACUCUUUUUGCUUUACUAAUAUUUCCUCUGAACUACAUUAUGUCAAUUUGGUGAGAUUAGUUUCUUUAUCAAGCUCUGAAAAGAGCAAAAAAUGCCAUGUAUUCUUGUGCACUGUAAUCCAGGUCAGUUUAUAGAUUAGUGUGAGAAAGUAUAAGUGGUAAUUCAGUGAAAAAUCAAACAGAGAUCAUGUGUUAAUGUUUUUGCUUGUUUCUGUUGUGAGAUCCACUAAAUGGGAAGUUUUGUCCGAUUUAUUUUUGUCCAGUGUUCAUUCUCCGUUGGAAAGGUUACAAAUACAUGUUUGUCACGUUUUUAGAUAUGGAUACUUCCUGAUUGCCAAUCACAAUAUUUUAUAAAUGUUGUUGUUUUUAUUUUGGAUUUGCCACUAACAGUUGUCUAUUAUGUUACGAAUGAUUAUGAAUGUAUCCAUACAUGAACAAGCCAUUUCUCAAAGAGAAACUAAUCAACUGUUGGUCUUUAAAAGCGAAUAAAGAUUCAUCAAACGCUUCA